AGCCCCUCUACUCAUCCACCCUAGAAGCGUGUGUGGUUGGUGGUGGCGGCGGGACCACCUGUGUGUGGUGUGAAGGUGAAGGGAAAGCCCGGCUCUGCAGCCAAGCAAAGAGCCGCCUGUGUGUGCCUGGCACUGGCGUAUCACAGCGACGGCUGGAUGAUCUCCUGCGAAGCAAGGAGUGGAAAGGGUCUUUCGCUCCUCCUCGUUCCCGCAAGCCAGCCAGCAUCAACCCUCCUCAAUCCCAGCGGCGGCCGCUUGCUCGGCGAGCGUUGGCUGCCGCCGGCCGCUCCCCAGUGAGGCUGCGCUGAGGCUGGCAUGCCGAAUGGCUGAAGCGCCUGCCCUGCUCAUUCUAGCAGCAGCGGCGGCGGCAGCAGCAGGACCCACAGACGGACGACGGACGGAUUCCAGCCGGCCGGGGAAAAAGCCGCUCCCCUCCCUGCCGCUGUCCCAGGAGCCCCUCAGCGCCAUGGUCUCCUGGAUCAUCUCCAGGCUAGUGGUGCUUAUAUUUGGCACUCUUUACCCUGCGUAUUACUCUUACAAAGCUGUAAAAUCAAAGGAUAUUAAAGAAUAUGUAAAAUGGAUGAUGUAUUGGAUCAUAUUUGCACUCUUCACAACAGCAGAGACGUUCACUGACAUUUUUCUUUGCUGGUUUCCAUUUUAUUAUGAACUCAAAAUAGCUUUUGUAGCUUGGUUGUUGUCACCAUAUACAAAGGGCUCCAGUCUCCUAUAUAGGAAAUUUGUACACCCAACACUGUCUUCAAAAGAAAAGGAAAUAGAUGAUUGCCUAGUCCAAGCAAAAGAUCGAAGCUAUGAUGCCCUGGUGCAUUUUGGGAAGCGGGGGUUAAAUGUUGCAGCCACAGCUGCUGUGAUGGCAGCUUCCAAGGGCCAAGGAGCUCUGUCAGAGAGACUCCGGAGCUUUAGUAUGCAAGAUCUCACCACAAUUAGAGGAGAGAGCAGCAGCACUGUGACUCCACCUCCUCCUGCCCCGUCAGUUUCUGUGCGAACAAGUAGCAAGCAGAGCCAGCCCAAAACACCCAAAAGUGCAUCAGGAAAUCUUGGAUCCUCAGUGUGUGCAUGUUGUUCGAUGAACCGAAUUGUCCAAGUGGUUGAACUUGAGGGUGAGUCAGAGAGUGAAAGGCCACCUGAGGCAAACUGUGAACCAGCUAAAGUCAUGUUCUCAGAUGAUGAAGAGAAUGACUCAUUGGAUUGCACAUCCAAGACUAACAGGCCUAAAAAGAAGGAUCAAGUUAUUGAGGCACCGCCUAGGAGCCUUAGACCUCGCUUCAGGAAGAAAAGUACCUCAUCCUCUACCACUGAAACCAUGUGAGUGUGAUGAGCCAAUAGCACCGAGAUCCACAGAAUGUCUCUUCUGCCUUAAAGAUCUACUUCAUUAAUAAUGGGGGGUGGGGGGAGAACAAAACAAAACAGUUGCAAGGUGGAUGUGCUUUUGAUGUUGCAGCAUUGUAGACAUUGCUUCUCUUUCCUUUAGCUCCGGUUAUAUGCCAUUUGAAUGCCACAUAACAUGGUCAGAACAAUCUUGUGGACAAAAGCAAUUGUGUUUGCUGUCCUGAGUAUCACCCCCUGGAUUUCUUUGCAGAAUAGCAGUCCUUUCAGUUACAAUAGUGAGGCUGCACAUUUAUAAUUAUUGGCUUAGUUUAGCUCUGUGAAUGCAACCAGAAAAAGAAUGAUUAACCUGCCCUAAAUACUUGGGGAAAGCCUAUUUGGGACUUUAUAAUGUAUAGUGGCCGGGGGCCAUAGAUUUUUCUACCCAAGCUAUCUCCAACUUAUCUUUACAACAAAACUGUGAAUGAUUUAAGAAAUUGUGAAUGCUUUUGACUGUAUGAACAAUAGCAAAUCUGAGCUACAUCUCCACUUCUCUCAGUUUCACUUACACAUGCCCGUUCUUGUGUGUAUUUCUGUUAAACUGUGUUGCUGAAAAAGUGGUCAAGAGUACUGUAGGCAAAGACACAUGAAAUACGAGGGAGAACUGUCACAAGAUGUGACAGUGGGGAGUCUUUGUUUUGAUGAGCUUAAACCAGACAGGGAAUUAUUAAGGCUGCCAUCCUAAGCAGAAAGUCAUCCUGGAAGAAAGUAAUGCUUAAAUCAGUGGGACUUUGCUUCUAAAUAAACAGGAUUAAGAUUGCACUGUAAGAAAUGCGUUAUGUAUAAAGUCAAAGAAUCUAAAAGUAUCUUAUGAAUCUUGAUGGUCAUUUUAUGGACAAUUGUACAUGUCUAAGGCAUGUUUGUAAUAAUAAAUGCUAGGAUGUAAGCCAGUGGCACAUUAGCAAUAUAUUGAUUGAGUGCAAACUCCAUGUUGCCUGCACAUAGGAUUUUAAUUCUAAUAUUCUUCCCAGCAUGUAUGUAGGAGUUUCAUCUAGAGAAGACCACAGCUGAAUUCUUCAGUGUAAUUCAGAGAUAGUUUUGACUGUUGUAUAGCUUCUGGUAUCAGAUAAAUAGUCUGUAGACUGAAUGGUGCAUUUGUAGCCAUAGAGAAGUACAAAAUGAGAAGAAAGUACUAGGACUUGUGUAUUUGUGCUUCAGAUUGGUGUCUCCUGUAAGUGUAAAGCAUGUGAAAUUCCAAAAAUUAUUCUGUAGACCUUUGUGUUUGCUCUUGGAUCUAUCUUAACUAGAAACCAUUUAAUAUUGUAGGGCAUAAAAAACAUUGCUAUUGAGAACAAAUGAGUAUAUUACAAAUGAUACCAAUAACCUGUCAGGUGCGACAGUGUCUUCGGUGACUGUGUUUCAGGCUCCAAAAUUAAUGUUAUGCAGUGACUUUUUAAUAUUUGUCAGAUUAAGGAUCCAUAUCUUAGCUCUCCUUUUUUUUUGCUUCUUAAAUGUUAUUUUAGAACUUCCUAAAGUUUGUGAAAAGCCUUAAGAUCCACUAUCAUUGCACAAGCAAAUAUCAACAUGGUUACUACAGUGUAAGAGGAUGAAACAGAUGCCUCCCAUAAUCACUAUAUCUGAUUUGUUGACAUUUCAGUCAGUAAAUCAAAAACGUAGAUGGCAGCUCAAAAACAUUCAGUCAUAAUACAUAUACCUCAAAAUAUUUGGGGAGCUCAGUUUGAAGAUUUUUAGUCCAUAUCAUUUCAAAACAUCAUAUUUAAAUUAGCAGAAAUUAUAGUCUCUUGCAAGCAAAUUAGCUUUGCCACUAUGCUAUUGUGACAAAAUGAAAAAAGUUAAUCUGUACUUGUAUGCCAAAAAGACAAAUGUUUGUAACUUUAUCUUUUCUCAUACGCUGUAUUAACACUAUCUAAAAUUAACAAAUGUUUAUUCUGACCUGCUGUUUUAUUGAAAAUAUGACUGUUCUGAGCAAGUGCUAAGGUGGAACUGUUGACUAGGGAAUUGCCUUAUAUUUCAGAUUAAUUCAUUGUAUAAAAAACAUUUCAUAUCUGGCAAAUGUGUUAAAUCAUCAGCUGAACUGUAUAUCUGUGUACACUUAGGUUAUUCAAUAGGAUUUUUUUUUAAACUGCAGUAUAAUGGAAACAGGUUGUUUAAUAGAAACUGGCAUUGGGUUCUGCUACAAAUCAGAUACAUGCAGCAAAACUGAUCAGCUUCUAGCCUUUUGAACAUUGUAUGCAUGUAUUUUCUGAAAAUAACUAGGGCUACCGUUUUAUUUUCAAUGGACAAUUUUAAUCAAAUGCCCUUCAAAUAUUUUGCAUGUCCAUAAAUAUCAUAUGGGAUUAAUAAUACUCUGCAGCAGUGUUCCCUCUAAUUUUUUUCAUCUCUUUCAUCUCUGUGCGGAAUGAGUUUUGUUCUGGGCAGCAGUAUCAAGGCACUGUGUGCGCACAUGCAUUCAGAGUGGGACCUUCCUAAUUCAACCUGAGCGGGAUCUAAAAUUAACUGAGCAGACAUCAGAAAACUUGUAAGGACGUGCACACGCCUUAGAGGGAACAGUGCUCUGCAGAUCUGCUUCAGUUCUCUGAUCUCUCUGGACCAAUCAUGGGAGGGGUGGUGGUCAAGCGUGCAUCCAAUGGUACCCUACCCCAACCUUGACUGCCAUACUGCACGUGCUCUCAAACAUGGGUUGGUUGUAUGCAUUUGUACUGUAGUUGUGAAGAGACAGCAGUGUAAAAGCGGUAGGACACAUAAAGGAACAAUGUAGAGUUAAGAGUUCUCCAGCACCAUAUUGACCCUGCUGCUGCACUUCUGGCACUAAAAACUCAGCUGGGUCGGCAGAAAGCCCCCACUAUAUGCAACCUUCCUAUUGCUUGUAAGGGUCUUAUUCUGACCCUUAACACAGAAAUAGUUAAUUCAAAUUUUACCUCAGAAUGGAACAGCUGAUUGAGGCUUUGUUGCCCAUACUUAUAUAUCAAUAUUGAAGUAGCUACCAUUGUUUCUCACUCCUCGCCAUUGAAAUAAAAAAAACCCAAAGUUAUUUCAAUGCAAAUCAAACAGAAAUGCUUUGGAUAGUUGAAAGAAACUUAAAAAGCAUGUUGGAAGAUAGAUAUAAGUUUAUUCGGUCAUUGACCAGCAAAUGUUGGAAGAAGAAAUCUUAUCUCCAGUGAUUUUUUUUUUUUUAAGUUAAGACACUAGAAAAAAUGCAGAAUAUAAUGUUAGGAUGCUCCUUGGCCAGUUGUAAACAACCUGCUACAUUCAAACUGUGCUCUGCAAGUUAAAUGUGUUCUUAAGUAGCUGAUAUGAUCUCUGUACUUGUGACUAAAUGCUUGUUAACUAGUCUCUCUUGCUGUUUUGUUGUGGGUACUUGUUUUGCACUUAGCACACUAUUUGAAAUAGUAAAGAACACUGUGUAUUUUGGAAAGUCACAAAACAGUCAAUAUUUGAGGCAGGUAACUGUGUAUUUAGCAGUUUCUUUCCUGUGAUCCGUAGCAAAUAAAUGCUAGAACAGAACACUUAAGAAUGCAUUGUAAGAUCACACAUUACAACAGUAUUCCAAAGGUUGAUGUUUCAAUAUAUUGCUUGAUAUAUACACAUCUUAAAAUAAAGUCUUACUUUUUUUUUUAAA